AGGAGUUUCGAUAGUCGCUGUUAGAAAUCAAGUUAAAAUCUAAGUGCGUUAUGGAGAAUUGCGUGGUAGCGGUCGAGGAAAACCAAAACUAUAUUGUCGAGACGUGUUUCGAGAGGACGUUUUCAUCGAUGACCGUGGACGAUGUGUAUGAAAUCGCUAAAGCGGUGGGGGCAGAAGUGGAGAAGCUCAUCGACAGCUAUGGGAAGUCGAGUGUGGAGGGUCUGGUGUCUCACAUAGUUAAAGUGUUGGAGCUAUUGGAGAGUUUCGCGGCGAGAAACCAAGCUCAUCAAUGUAAGGAAGAGGAACUAUUGAAGGCUUUUGAGACGUUACAGAUACAGCAGCAGAAGAAACGACAUGUGAAGGAAUGUGAUGAGACCAGCAACGGUACAGAGAGUGGGGACUGGCAUCAGAAGGAGAAGAAACUGAAGGAAAAUGUCAAAGUGUUACAGUCCCAGGUGCAACAGCUCACGGAAGAGAACCAGGAGCUUCUGGCCCGUUUAAAAUGCACACACUCAAAAGAAGACCGCACACAGCGUCAGGAACGAGAAGUGAUGCUCAAGCUGAAGGAAGUGGUGGAUAAGCAACGUGAUGAGUUAAGAGCAAAAGUGCAGGAGAUUUCCAGCAUGUCCAAGGAAGUGGAAGCGCUCCAGGAGCAGCAGGAGCGACUAAUGAAGAUAAACGCAGAGCUCAGACACAAACAGAACAUCAUUCAGACUCAGCUGAAGAGCGCAGUGGAGAGGAGGGCUGACCUGGAGGCCGACCUGUGCGAGAAACAGAAAGAGAUAGAGCGCCUGAACUCACAAUUAGAAAGACCCAGUGUACAUACUGCUGCUGAAACGAGCAGUUCGGCCAUUGGCCUCACAGAUAAGAUGAUCAUUGACUUGAAGGAUCCAAAUCGGCCAUGUUUUACCAAGCAGGAAGUACGGGACUUGCUUUUUGAGAAGAACGAGUUGAAGGCCAAUCUCUUUCUAGUCAAAGAAGAGCUUAAAUAUUACCAAAGGGAAAUCCUGAAUGAUGAGAGAUGCCCAGGGUUCUUACUGGAUGCCGUGCGUUCUGCCAUAAAGAAGCAGAGGACCAUUAUAAAGUCUAAAAUGCUUGGCAUACCAGUUAGCGAAUGUAGAACAGAUGAGACAGAUGGCCCUUUGUUUAAGAGGAGUGGAAAUGAAGACAAUGACACUGACAGCACUGACAGCAGACCCCAGGACUCACGCAUCAGAAGCCUAUUUGGUUCCCUUGCGCGGCCCAAUCUUACUAGGAGCUCUGGUUCCCAGCCCCCCGGCCUUCCAACAUCCAGCUCCACAUUGGAAAUCAUUGAUCCAGACGAGCAGGGAGGCCAGGAGAAGACACAGAUGCUCAGCUCAUCUUGAGAACCACCGCAAAUGUCAUUCAUCUUCACCUGUGUUAGAAGAGAGAAGUCUCAUUUAGGUUUCAAAUGGACUACUCUUUAUAUCUGGUUAUACAAACAUAGUAUUUUAGUAUUUGUUGCCUAAGCAGACCUUUUUUCUAAGUAUAAAAUCAUUCAGCACUUGGCUUUUGUUAAUUUAGCCGAUAGUUAGAUUUGUGCCUCAUGAUCAUGACCUGAAGACGAGUUCAGAUUGUGUCAGUCAUAAACAUAUCGUUCUUGUUUGUCGUUUACAAGGACUGGGUUUUGACACAAAUUUCACGGUUUGAUUCUAUUCUCUUUCACAAGCUUUCAAUUCGAUUACCAAUUCAAUUCAAUAUCAGUUAUUUUGGAUGUAUAUCAGGUACAGUUACAGUACUUGCCAAAUUUUCUCGAGGAAAAAAAAAACUCAACUUUUUAAAUCAUAUCAUUUACAUAAUAUUUCUACUUCAAUUCGUAAUUUUUAUAAUAAAAUUUAAGUGGUGGCUGUCAUUAAAUAAUUAAUGGAUUUAUUCAAACAUAAACGGUAAGAAAUAUAAUUAAUAUGUAAUAUGGUGCAUAUAUGUAUUUUACUAUCUGACUAAUGAGUUUAUGGUCACGGAAUAACAUUAUGUUUGUUUCUGAGGUAAAUGUGACGUUAUGUGAUGUUUACAAGACUUUAUAUUGACGUAUUUGCGCGGCUGAAACAUUGAUUGAGCGAUUACAAGAGACAGAAUUAAUAUUGUUAAGUUGUACUUUUUCUUUUAACUCACCUUUGUGUCCUAAUGUGGAAGAAAUGAUCUGCUGCCUCUGUUGAACUGAGGCGCUACAGCGAUCUGUCCCUCCACGUUAAACGGCUACAAAGCGACAUUUAUUGUUUGAAUAUUGCAAUACAAUGGACAUAAAUUGAAACCUGAGACUUGGUUAAUAUCAUAACCACCAAAGCACAAUGUUUCUGUCCAUUGACUGAAAACAGGCUACACUAAUCGAUUCUUGGGAUUUAAGAAUCGAUAUCUUUCCGUAAAAAAAAGAGAGCACUAUUGUUUACCGUUCAAAAAUGUAUAGGGACAGUAACAGUUUUUAAUGUUUUUUAGAAAAAGCCUCUUUUAAUCACCAAGGCUGCAUUUAUUUGGUAAAAAACCUGUAAUUAAGAUAACAUUUUUUUUUUAU